AUGUUAGUCACCUACCAACAGCUCGAUGGCUAUCAAAUGCCAUAUGAUAAUCUGGGUCUGAGCGAUGCCUGCUUCGACGCAGUCAAUACCACAGUAACAUCAUGUCCUGCCUGGGUUGGCUACAUUGGAGUUGAAAGUGCAAGCUUUGAUAUUGUCCCUAGCGAGCAACUUGUGGCCCUGUGUGAAAGUGGUUCGAUUGCUUAUCCUACCACAUUUAUGACGGAUCGCUAUCUUUAUUCCACAGGUCUUAAAUGUCUGACCGAUCCGUAA